AUGAAAGCUUCCAAGAACCUGCGGAUAGGCGUAGAUGUGGGCGGUACAAACACUGAUGGAGUUAUCAUUGAUCCUAUGAGAUCAAAUGAAGAGGAUCGGGGAAUCGUUGCUUGGCACAAAGCUCCUACAACGGCCGAUCCUAGUCAUGGCAUCCACAACGCCAUCACCACCAUGUUUGAAUCCGCCUCAGUUGACCCAUCUUCGGUAGCCAGCGUAACCAUUGGAACAACCCACUUUGUCAACGCGGUUGUGACAAGGGAUCGUACACGUCUAUCACGAGUCGCAGUACUCCGCCUCUCAGGACUCUUUGGCAUGUACGCACCACCAUGUGUCGAUUGGCCGGAUUCCCUGCGCGAGAUUAUCCUCGGGCAUUAUGCGCUCAUCAAAGGAGGCUUGGAAGUGGAUGGUAGUUUGAUCUCCGAUAUUAAAGAACAGGAGAUUAUUGAGCAGUGUAACAUCAUCAAAGAGAAGGGGAUCAAGAGCAUUGUCGUGAAUGGUAUCUUCAGUCCGAUUGAUACUGUCGAAAAGCAAGAAGAGCGUACGGCUGAAAUCAUCAAACGCGAACUAGGCGAGCAUGUCGAUAUCGUUCUGAGUAAGACUGUAGCCAAUAUUGGAUAUCUGGAGCGCGAGAAUGCUGCGGUAUUGAACGCGUCGAUCUUGUCCUUUGCCCGGAAAACCAUCGCAUCAUUCCAGACGCCAAUCAAGACGUUGGGUCUCGAUUGUCCUAUAUUUAUCACGCAGAACGAUGGGACUAUAUUGAGUGGCAAAGCAGCAAGUCGGCUGCCAAUCAAAACCUUCUCAUCAGGGCCCACGAACAGUAUGCGCGGUGCUGCCUUCCUAGUAGGCAAACAAGAGAAUGGUGAAGCAAUGAUGGUCGUGGACGUCGGUGGCACCACUACCGAUGUAGGGUUACUGCUUCCCAACGGCUUUCCAAGACAGCAAGCUGCAUAUUCUGAGUUAUCUGGCGUGAGGAUGAACUUUUCCUACCCAGAUGUGAAGAGUAUAGGGUUGGGGGGUGGAAGCUUAGUCAGAAGAGUUCGUGAUCGUAUGCAGGUUGGCCCGGAAUCCGUAGGCUACAAGCUGCCCGAGAAGGCCCUAGUCUUCGGCGGUGACGUCCCAACAGCAACCGAUUAUACAGUUGCAGGAUCGUCCGACGUUGUCAUAGGCGAACCGGAAAAGGUACGCGGAAAACUUGUAGAUGAUGAUGUACAAGCCUUCAAGGACGAGACAAAGAGGAUGCUCGAAAGAAUCAUAGACACCAUGAAGACAUCGCCAGAAGAUCUUCCAGUUCUGCUUGUUGGGGGAGGUGCAGUGAUAGCCCCAGACGAACUACAAGGCGCAAGUCGAGUCAUCAAACCCCAAUGGUCUGGUGUAGCCAACGCUAUCGGUGCCGCCAUGGCAAGAGUCAGCGCCGUCAUCGACACUGUCAAGUCGACCGAGAAGCAUAGUCAAAAAGAACUAUUGGAGAUGAUCUGCAAGGAAGCGAUACAGAAGACUAUAGACGCAGGCGCGUCGGAGGAAACUGUCUCAAUCGUGGAAGUAGACGACAUUCCGCUAAAUUACGUCGCCCAUAAGACACGCUUUAUCGUAAGGGCUGCCGGCGACUUUGACUUCACACGAGCAGGCGACUUUGCAAACUUGAAUGUCAUAAAAGAGGAGGACGGUGCAGUGUAUCCACUUGGAGACGCAGGCAGUUCGAUUGCUGCACCUUCGAGUGAAGAUACGGCAGGUGGUAUUGACGCAGUCUCCGAGAUCGACAUCGCUACGUAUAAACCCAAAGUGAUCAACCGUAAAUGGUGGAUAUCCGAGACCGACCUCGACUGGAUAACAAUUGGCUGCUACAUUCUGGGAACGGGCGGUGGCGGAUCUCCUUACUCAACUAUGCUCCGGGUCCGUGGCAUAUUACGAGCUGGCGGUACAGUCCGUGUCGUCAGCCCUGACGACCUCGCAGACGAUGCUCGUGUAGGAAGUGGUGGUGGUGUUGGCAGCCCCACAAUCGGAGUUGAGAAGCUCUUUGCAGAUGACGUCAUGAUUGCUCAGAGGCAACUCUACAAACUCUAUCAGGGUGGCUACGCAACACACAUCAUACCACUUGAGAUUGGUGGUUCGAACGGAUUGCAAGGUCUCGUUCUAGGCGCUAGCACAAACAUGGACAUUCCUUGUGUAGAUGGGGAUUGGAUGGGCCGUGCAUAUCCAACGAAGUGGCAGACAACACCAGUCGUAUUCAACGAACGCGAAAUCAUCUUCGCGCCAGUAUGUGUAGCUGACGGUAACGGCAAUGUUAUAUACGUACCCACCGCAGCAAGCGACCUCAAAGUCGAACAGAUGAUCAGGGCAGCAUUGACUGAGAUGGGAAGUUCGAUCGGAGCAGCCGACGCGCCUGUCACAGGCAAGGAGACCAAGCGCUGGGCGGUGGAACAUACAAUAUCGCUAUCAUGGCGUAUUGGUCGCGAAGUAGUGAGGGCUCGGAAAGAGAACAGAAUCGACAGUGUCACAGAGUCCAUUAUCGACGCUGUUGGUGGCCCCGAAACAGGCCGCGUACUCUUCAAAGGCAAGAUCGUUGGCGUGGAGCGCAAGUUGCACGCUGGUCAUGCAUACGGUGAAGUCAUCAUCGAAGGAACGGGUGCAGAGUAUAAGGGUAGAAUCAAGAUACCUUUCAAGAACGAGAACAUCGCGGCCAUUCGUAUGCGCGAAGGUGAGGAUAACAAGACUGGGGAAGAGAAGAAUGAGGAUGUAUUAGCUAUUGUGCCUGAUCUCAUCGCCGUCAUCGAUGCGCAGAAUGGCGAGGCCAUUGGAACACCAGAGUACAGAUAUGGACUACUGGUUUCGGUCAUCGGGAUCAAUGCAAGCGAGCGCUGGACGAGCCCGCGAGGUGUUGAGAUUGGAGGUCCAAACGCUUUUGGAAUGAAUCACUUGGAGUACCGGCCACUGGUUUUAUAA